CCUCCUCCUCCUCCUCCUCCUCCUCCUCCUCCUCCUCCACAUCUCCUCCUCCCCCUCCUGCUACCGGUAGACAUUUCUUUUGCUUCGUCUCCUUGCAUUGAUUGACCUGCCUCUUCGGCCUCGUCGGGAUCGGGGGGCUUGAUCUUCAGUCAGUGACGUCAACGCGAUAGCUGCGGACAACUCGUGAUCGUCGUCGUCUUCGUCUUCUCGAAAAGUCCUAUCCCGAGCCCGACGCAUCUUAUUCAACCUGCAUACCUCGCUAAUCGUAAGAUCCCGACUAAUUACCAAAAAUGGCGGGGGCGGUGUCGUGCUCCUCGGCGGCGGCGGCAGCGGCAGCAACAGCCGCAGCCGGCGUGUCUCGAGAGAGCCGAGGGCGCCGUAGAUCGUCGGCGGCGCGCAGCGGAAGAUGCUGCGGAGGGGAGAGAGAGAGAAGCUCCCUUUGUCUGACGGCUGCGCAGGCCAGGCACGUGGCGCGCAGUGAGAAAGCGAAGAGCUUCUUUGGCUGCAGCACCGUCCUGGCGCGCAAUGACAGGCGAGCGAUGGUCAUGCUGACCACCAGCGGGUCACACGGCGGUGUGCUGCCACGUGCCGUCAGCGCAAUGGACAGGCCAGCAAGAGAAGGGGAGGGAGGAGGAGAAGGACAGGUGAUGAAGACUACUACUACGGCUAUGGCGGCGGCGGCGGAAUUGGCGGGGGGAGUUGGGGGGAAAGCCGCGUCAUUGGCGGCGCUUGCGGCCGCGAUCGGUAGCGCCGCCCUCCUCGGCCCCGACGCCGCACAUGCCGCCGCACAAGCGACGGCUAACGUCGCGCUGACAAACGGCGGCGUCGAUACAGAUACUGUUUCGACGGCCAUAGCCGGCGGUGGAGCCCUAGCUGCCAUAGCUGCCGCACUCUCCUUCGCGGACCCGGAGAAGAGGAGGAAGCAGCAGGCCAGCGAAGUCGGAGGAGAUGACAUGGAUGUGGUGCGGAAUUAUUUCAACAGCACUGGGUUUGACAGGUGGAGAAAAAUCUACGGGGAGACCGAUGACGUCAACAAAGUCCAGUUUUGUUCCAGUUGGUCCCAGCUUGGUUCCAGUUUGGCGUCAGAUCGGUUCCAGUUUGGCGUCAGAUCGGUUCCAGUUUGAUCCCAGUUGGGUUCCAGUUCGGUUCCAGUUCGGUUCCAGUUUGGCUUCAGAUCG